AUGGCGACACUCGAGCAGGAACUGCUCGCUGACUUCGCGGAUUCUGGCGACGAAGAUGUAGCAGAUCUCGAGAACGAUUUUACUGGCGGAGACUUUGGCUCUCCAGAACCAGAAAACGGUGAGGACGAGGAGAUGGUGGAUGAGGAGGCAGAAUACGCAGAGAAAGAAGGCAAGAAGAAAGACAAAGGGCCAGCGGAUAUAAGGAAUGCGCAGACCCUAAUGGCCAACCUACAGCCGGUGCUUCAACAGAUCGACGAGGUCAAGGACAAGAUGGAGGAAGUAAUGGACGGCGAGUCGAUCGAGGACAACCUUGAGUACCAGCUACUCAAGGAGGCAAACGAGUUUUCGACCCAGAUUGACGGUGAGAUCCAGGCGGUGCACAAGUUCAUCCGCGAUAACUAUUCGCUGCGCUUCCCCUACCUCGAAGAGCUCGUCAAGAACCCCGUCGACUAUGCAAAGACAGUUGCUAUUCUCGGAAACCGCCCGCUAGACGACAUAAAGAACAUUGCGCAGGAUGCAAACAACACUGUUGGAGUGCCGCUGAAGACGAUUCUGGAUGCGCCGUCACUCAUGGUCAUUACGGUCGAAGCAACUCGAGCUACCGGCCGCGAACUUCAAGAUGUUGAGCUUGCUGCUGUCAUGACUGCCUGUAAACUUUUAUUGAGUCUCGACAAAUCGAAGCACAUCCUCACCGAAUAUGUCCAGUCACGCAUGAGCGUAUUUGCGCCGAACCUUACGGAACUGAUUGGUUCUCUGACUGCGGCCCAAUUCAUCAACUAUGCUGGAGGUCUUGCGGGCCUUGCGAAGACACCUGCUUGUAAUAUCGCACCAUUGGGCUCAAACAAAGCGACUGGCCUAGGUCUCGCAACCAACAUUGGGAUCAGGCAUCAGGGUUUCCUUUACCACAGCCCUAUCCUCGAAGCCGUGCGUCAAGACCUCAAGAAGCAAGCACUCCGCAUCGUCUCCGCUAAAGUGAUUCUCGCCGCCCGUGUCGACAUGGUACAUCAAGCGCCUGAUGGUUCCACCGGUCGUCAGCUCAAAGAAGAAUGCGAAAGACGUCUCGACAAGCUUACCGAAAUUCCGGCGAACAAGGGCGUCCGCGCUCUUCCCGCCCCAGACGACAAGCCCGCCCGCAAACGUGGUGGUCGACGUGCUCGCAAGGCAAAGGAAGCAACAGCUAUGACGGAGAUCCGCAAAGCACAAAACAGAAUGGCAUUUGGCAAGGAAGAGAAGGAAGUCGGCUACGGCGAUUCAACAAAGGGUAUGGGCAUGAUUGGCGCCACCGAUACUGGCCGUCUGCGCGCACAGCAAAUCGAUCCCAAGACAAGAGCGAAGCUCUCAAAGAAGAACCCUGGCUGGGGAGGCGACACGACGCUCGGCGCUGCUUCUUCGCUCAAGGGCUUUGGCGCUGGUGGUACAGCAACGAGUUUGCGUGCACAGGGACUCCGAACUGGUGGUGUUGGCCUCCAAGGCUCAGGCGUGAGCUCUGUUGCCUUCACUCCUGUUCAGGGCUUGGAGCUUGUUGAUCCGAGGGCGAGAGAAGAGGCGAAUCGAAAGCGCAAGGCCGAUGAAGAUCGGUGGUUCAAGGGUGGAUCGUUCACGCAGCUUGGAGGUAAGACCGACGCCGGAGGUUUCAAGGUACCAGCUCUGCCUAUGAAGAAACCUAGGACAGAGUAA